AUGGAGAGUAAGAAACAAAAAUUAGAUGUUCGCGGUUUUCAAGACUGUUGGACGAAUGAAUAUGGAUUUAUACAACAAAAGGAUCGUGCUGUAUGUGCGAUAUGCCGCGAAAGUGUAGUAUGCCGCACGUCAAGUGUACAAAGACAUUUCCAAACCAAACAUCAGUCCACAUUUAAUAGCAACGAUGAGAAAUGUGAAACUAUAAAGAAAGCUGUUUCUUGUUAUAAGAAACAAAUAACUUUUUUUUGUGGAAUGACUGGAACGAAGGCUAAAGCGACAGAAUGCAGCUUCGCAAUUGCUCAUUGCAUAGCUGCCAAAGGCAAACCCUUUACAGAUGGAGAAUAUAUAAAGGAAUUUUUUAUAAAAAGUGCUGAAAAGUUGUUUAGCGAUUUACCUAACCAACAAACCAUAUUAUCCCGAAUUCAAGAAAUACCGGCUUCUGCGCGAACAAUUGAAAGAAGAAUAACUGAAAUGGCAGACAAUGUAACAACAAAACAGAAUGCUGGAUUACAAGAAGCUGUUUCAUUUAGUGUUGCUGUUGAUGAAAGUACCGACGUAAAUGAUAUUGCGCGGCUUGCAGUAUUUGCACGGUAUUGUGAUAAAGAUCAAGUUUAUGAAGAAUUGUGUACUUUGAUUCCUCUGUCUGGGACAACUAAGGGGGAGGAUAUUCUUUCUUCAUUCAUAAGUUAUUUUGACAGCAAGAACAUUAAUGUCAAAAAAAUAUUUUCUGUAACUACUGACGGCGCAGCUGCAAUGAUUGGCAAAGAUAGAGGAUUUGUCAAACUUCUUGAAAAUCAUAUUGGACAUAAAAUAUUGAACUUCCAUUGUAUAAUACACCAGGAAAGUUUAGUUGCCAAAAUUUCGUCACAGCGCUUAAUUCCUGUAAUGAACACUGUUGUUAAAAUAGUUAAUUUUAUAGUGUCUCGCUCUUCACUAACACACAGACAAUUUAAAUCUCUUGUAGAAGAAAUGGAAAGUGAAUAUGUUGACCUUCCCUCAUACAGCCAUGUUCGUUGGCUUAGUCGAGGCAAUGUCUUAAAUAAGUUUGUGUCAUGUCUGGAACCCAUCAAAGUUUUUCUUAACGAAAAGGAACAACAUUUCCCCGAAUUGAACGAUGAAGAAUGGUUAGGCAAAUUAAUGUUUCUGACCGAUGUAACAAAUCAUCUAAAUGAACUAAACUUGAAAUUGCAAGGAAAGCGCCAAACGGUGCUCGAAUUAUUUGAAUAUUGGACAGCAUUUGCGUCCACAGCUUGCAAAUGA